AUGGAACAGGUUACAGUAGAAACUGAGCUGAUAUCACAGGCCGCAGAAGUCUUUCACUUGACCUUGUCAGUUUUAAAGGACAAGGCAAGCAGGAGGCAGAAACGAUCAGUUUCUGCAUCUGAGUUCCUUUCCAUGGAGGAAGUGAAGCUGAUAGCAAACCUGUCCGGAUGUCCUCCACUCGUCCAUCCAGCCAGCUGUCCCAGAGGAGGCUAUUCGGAGAAAUACCGCACUAUCUCUGGAGUGUGCAAUAACAGAAAUAGCCCUCUGUGGGGAGCAGCCAACAGCGCUUUGUCCAGAUGGCUCCCAGCAGAAUAUGAGGACGGAGAAAGCCAACCAAAGGGCUGGAACACUGGACAAUACUAUAGUGGAUUCCAACUUCCCCCAGUUCAGAAAGUCAGCAAGGAAAUUAUGCAAAGCUCCAGCCAGUACCGCAUGGAAGAUGAAGCAUAUUCCCAGUUGCUGGUGGACUGGGGUCAGUACAUAGACCAUGACAUCUCCUUCACUCCUCAGAGCAGCAGUAAAGCUACGUUUCUGGAGGGAACCGACUGCCUCAAUGUGUGUGAAAAUUCCAGUCCUUGCUUCCCCAUUCAGAUAUCACUAAAUGAUAAACUGUUUGGAAAUAAGAGCUGUCUCCCAUUUUUCCGCUCCUUGCCAGCCUGCCUCAAUGGUCUUGCACACACUCUGCAGUCACAACAGAUGCUUCAGAGACAGCAGAUGAAUUCAAUCACCUCCUACCUAGAUGCGUCCACUGUCUAUGGACACUCUGCACUCUUGCAAAACACUCUCAGGGACCUCUCAAGCUCUGAGGGCCUACUAGCAGUUAACAGUAAAUACACAGACCAUGGUGGUCAUCCAUACUUGCCUUUUGUAAGGAACACACCAUCUGCAUGCUUUCAGGAGCCUGGUACUGGGCCUAGGCAAAGGGUGGAGUGUUUUGUGGCUGGAGAUAGCAGGGUAAAUGAGGUUCUGCCCCUGACUGCUCUACACACACUGUGGAUGAGGGAGCACAAUCGCAUCGCCAGACACCUGAAGCAGCUGAACAGGCACUGGAGCCCAGAGACAACCUACCAGGAGACACGCAAGAUUGUUGGAGCUUUGCACCAGAUCAUAACCAUGAGGGACUAUAUUCCAAAACUCCUUGGAGAAGAAGCAUUCAAUCGCAUCAUUGGGCCAUAUGAGGGAUAUGAUGAGUCUGUAGAUCCAUCAGUCUCCAAUGUGUUUGCCACAGCAGCCUUCCGCUUUGGCCAUGCCACCGUUUCAGAACAAAUGAGAAGACUGAAUGAGAGCUACCAGGAGCACGAGCACUUUUCCUCAUUACAUUUGCAUCAGACUUUCUUCAGUCCAUGGAGGAUCAUCAGAGAAGGGGGAUUAGAUCCAGUACUGCGAGGUCUUCUAGGCAGCCCAGCUGUCAGGCAGAACCAACAUCACUUGAUGACUGAGGAACUGACAGAGAAACUUGUAGUGCUCACCAUCCCAGAGGCUCUGGACCUGGCUGCCCUAAACCUGCAGAGAGGACGAGAUCAUGGCCUUCCAGGCUACAAUGACUGGAGGGUGUUUUGUGGAUAUGACCGAGUGGAAAGCAAAGCAGAUCUGAAGGGAGUGGUACAUGACGGAGAUCUGGUUGAAAAGAUAAUGGAUUUAUAUGGGCAUCCCAGCAAUAUUGAUGUGUGGCUGGCAGGGUUGGUGGAGACCUUGCAGCCUGGUGCUAGGACAGGCCCACUGUUUGCGUGCUUGAUUGGAAAACAGAUGAAGAUGAUCAGAGAAGGUGACAGAUUCUGGUGGGAAAGGCCAGGCGUGUUCUCGGCACUCCAGAAACAGGAGCUGCAGAAACACUCCCUGUCUCAUGUCAUCUGUGACAACAGCGGGGUGGUGGAGGUACCCCUUGAUCCGUUCACUGUGGGAACUUACCCUAAAGACUUCCUUUUAUGCAGCAGUCUACCAUCAUUGGACCUGAAUGCGUGGAAAGAUGACCCUGAAAAACGCUCCCAGGCUGAUGAUGCUAGGAGAAACUCCAUUAUGGGGCACCAAACUAAUGCUUUAGCACAUGACCUGGUAGAGUUUUUCUAA